UGUCACUGCCCGAGAGGACGGGACGGGACGGCCGGCGCCUCUCUCUGCCCCACACGUGGUCUGAGCCCCCAGCCGCCGGCCGGACAGAGGUCGCAGCCGCCAUGGGUGACGGGGGUCCCCAGAGCUGGUGGAAGUUCACCUUCCUGCGGAAGAAGAGCGGCUCCAAGGUGCUGAGCGAGCUGCCGGUGGAGCGGGGCAGCAACACCGAGGGAGGCGACAGGGAGAGCCGGGGCGACCCCCAGCUGGAGGCCAGGCUGGAGAAGAUCGUGGACAAAAGCACGAAAGGCAGGCACGUCAGAGUCUCCCACUCGGGGCGCUUCAAGGAGAAGAAGAAGGUCCGCUCGAGUCUGUCCGAAAACCCCGGCUUCUUCAACCAGGCGGAGAGCGGGGACGGAGCGGAGUCCUGAGCGGUGGCCGGCGCCCGCUUCCAUCCAGGGACUGACCAAAUGGGAGGAUUCUAGCCCACCGUGCACAGAGGGGGGCUCCUCUCAUAGGGUUAACAGGCAAUGCACUCGGUUUAAGGCCCAGAACCCAGCAAUUCGCUUAGUUGACUCCAAUUUGCGUAAAGGGUUAAGUACAAUCCACUUGAUUAAGUCAUGGAAUGGAUUUAAAGGGUUAAGCCCUGCAAUUCACCUGGGGUUAAUUUCCCUGAUUAAAUUUAAACUUCAGAAGAAAAUGUUUAUCGCUGUCAUGGCUCAAAAUGGACACUUUUAAAGUUUGUUUUCUCAUCUAAUCGAACUUUGAAAACGCCAGGUUUCCAAGUGUGAUUGGUGACGAGUUCAAGAAGUAAACGUUGCAGGGUGCUCUAGGGGAGGAGGGAGAUUGGGCAGCGACCGUCACUGUCCGGACAGGUCUACCGUGACGGAACAAACUGUUGUGUGUCUGUGAGAGAGUGUUUAUUGGUCUGUAAAUCAUACGAGUUUCGCCUAAAUAAGAGACGUGAUCUAUGUAAUUAACAAAGAAUGAAUUUAAUUUUGUAAAAAAAGUGAGAACAAGAUGAUGUUUAAAGUAAAAAUAAAAAUAUUGAAUUGUGUUUAGACAACAACCAGGCCUGGAAAAAAAAUAUUGGGUCACGGGAACUGACUGUUGGCUGUGUGCCAGGUUGUGUGAAGCGUAAUCGCGGUGUUUUCGUGGGAGAUGUGAAUAACUAGGGUGUGAUUGACAAAGGGUUCUAAUGAUCCCUCAACAGGUAUUUAAUUAAAAUUUGACUACAUCUUGGUGUCAAAACGUGUUUGCUGGCACGCCUUAUGAAGCACCUUGGAAUGUAAAAGGUGUUAUAGAAAUAUAAGUUGUUGUAUUGUCAUCAUAAACAGGUGGACCUGAUUACAAAAGACUUAUGUGAACUAGUCUUCCCAGGUUGGAUGAAGUGAGUCUGAGAGGCCAUCACGUGGUGUAACUGAAACUACUGUGCUAGCUUUUAAUAUUAAUUUUUAAAAUGGUAAUUUAGUACAGUAGUUCUUAAAACAGGAGGAUAUCUUGAUCAGGGAAUCCACAGUGUUAACCUCUAAGUACUCACCCUUCAUCAUGAGCACCAACAGCUCUCUGCUGUUGUGUCUGGUACAAGUCUUGUGUCAGUGUGGUCCUUGCUGGUGUGUCCUGUAUCCAGGAGACAGAAUGAUUGGAGAUGUAAGAGAUUGCAGAUGCUGGAAUCUGGAGCGAAAAAUAAACUGCUGGAGGAACUCGGCGUGUUGAACACCAUCUGUGGAGGCAGAGGGACGGUUAACGUUUCAGGUCGAGACCCUGCACUGGGGACAGGAUGAUGAAUGGAUUAUGGGCCUCUCUUCAGUUUCCACCAGUCUGAACAGUGUGGGGCACAGAACCCCGAGUUGUGAUGACCUGCUUUUGAACAGCAAAGCUGGGAAGACCUUAACACUUGUUUCCAGCACCCCCACCUGCCCCAUCCCUAAGUUUAAAUCAUUGCUUAACGUAGAGGCGAAUGUGUCUACUUGUACUUCUGAUUAGUACGUUAAAAUGUGAGUACUGGAUGUUGGUCACAGGCACUCAAUAUUUGUACUCUUACUGUGUAAAUUGCUAA